CUUUUUUCCACGAAAAGAGAAUUGUGUGAAAAAAAACCGCAACCAACAACGUGCCUUCUCUCCCUCCCUAUAUCAAUAUCACUUCCAUCUCCACACUUCUCCAAAUCCAAUUUCCCCACAAGCUCACUGCAACAAUUGAACAUGUCCACUUCAAUCCUCCUUCUCUUCCUCUUCACCUCAUUCUUCUCUACCGAUGGAACUCAACUGAUCAUAGCCAACAACUGCAAGGAACAAAUCUGGCCGGCAAUCCUCGGCAACUCGGGCCACGGAACCCUCAACAACGGCGGCUUCUCCCUCUCCCCGGGGCAGCAAACGGUAAUCGAGGCCCCCCAGUGGUGGUCGGGCCGGAUGUGGGCCCGCCAGGGCUGCUGCUUCGACGCCUCGGGCAGGGGGAGCCCCUGCCAGAGCGGCGACUGCAGCGGCCAGCUCGAGUGCAGGGGCUUGGGGGGGCUGCCGCCCACCACGGUAGUCGAGAUGACCCUGGGCACCCCGGGCAGCCCCACACACUACUAUGACGUCAGCCUCGUGGACGGGUUCAACCUGCCCGUGUCGGUGGUCCCGGUGGGGGGAUCGGCCGGGUGUGGGGUGGCCGCGUGCGAGGGGGACGUGAACGCGUGCUGCCCCGAGGAGCUGGCGGUGAGGAGGGGAGGGCGCGUGGUGGCGUGCAAGAGCGCGUGCUUGGGGAUGGGCGGGGACCGGUUCUGCUGCACGGGGAGGUUCGGGACCGCGGCGACGUGCGGAGCGACGACGUAUUCGAAGGUGUUUAAGGGGGUGUGCCCUAGGGCUUAUAGUUAUGCCUUUGAUGAGGCCAGUGGGCUUAAGAGUUGUAGGGCAAAUAGGUAUGUGAUCACCUUUUGCCCUCCCAAUUGAUUUUUGUUUGGGUGAUUUUAUGAUGAUUUAUUGAGUUAUGUAUAUUUCAGAGUUUGGUUAUUGUUUAAUUAGACUUUGGAUGAUUAUUGUUGGAA